AGCAGUUUUGUCAACGUGCAAUGCUGAUACGCUGCGGCUUCCCCGAGACGAGGUGCCCUUGAGUCGCGAGCAACAGUGGGAGCAAUGGGUCUUUUCCUGCUGUUCUAAAGAGGACGGGAAGUGGGGGAUUCUUGUUGGCGUUAUUUCACGUGUUACCUGCUUCCUAUGGUUUACCUGAUGUGGCCGGAGCUGCAUAAUGCCGUGCAGGGGAGCCCGGCUGCCCGGCACAAGCUGUUUGACAGUUCGAGGCGGAUGAGGAAUGUGUGGGACAAUGUCAGGCUGGAGGUGGCAGGUAGCAAUCGCUGCCCCGUGCUACUCAGUAGCUUCACACAACUGGAUCCCGAUCUGCCCCACUCCGAGAGCGCUGCACAGGACAUCGGGGAGGAGGCGGAGGAGGGAGCCAUCUACACCAUAACACUCAGAAAAGUCCAGGUGCAUCAGGCAGCAAACAAAGGACAGCGAUGGCUUGGGGUCGAGAGUGAAUCUGCGAUGAGCCUGUAUGAAACCUGCAAGGUGCGGACCAUCAAAGCUGGGACUCUGGAGAAACUCGUGGAGUACCUGGUGUCGGCGUUUAAAGGCAACGAUUCCACCUACGUCACCAUCUUCCUCUGCACGUACCGGGCUUUCGCGACAACCAAACAAGUGUUGGACCUGCUGCUCAACAGGUAUGGAAACCUACAUCACUUGAAUGGAGACUUGUCAAAGCUCACGUCAGAAGACAGAAUAGAAAUAAAGAACACCCUCUCCUCAAUCCUGGGUGCCUGGCUCGAUCAGUAUUCCGAAGAUUUCCGAAAACCACCAGAUUUUUCCUGCUUGAAGCACCUGUCCACCUACAUCCGUCAGAUGUUUCCAGGCUCAGACCUUGAGCGCCGCUCCCACAACCUGCUCUGUGCAUUUCAGACACAUAACGAAGCUGAGCUGGACCCGGAAGUGGCCGAUCAGAGCAGCUGCACCUUUCCUAUGUUGGAGGAGAACGGGUUUGAAGAGGGAAAGACUGACUUCCUUUCCUUCCUUCCUGGUGUGCUGGCAGAGCAAUUCACUCUGAUGGAUGCGGAGUUGUUCAAGAAAGUGGUUCCAUAUCACUGUCUCGGGAGCAUCUGGUCCCAGAGAGACAAGAAAGGGAAGGAGCACUUGGCUCCCUCAAUCCGCGCCACCGUCACUCAGUUUAACCGUGUCACAAACUGCGUGAUCGCAACCUGCCUGUCUGACAAGACGCUGAAACCUCAACAGAGAGCCAAGAUCAUCGAGCGGUGGAUAGAGGUGGCCAGGGAGUGCCGAAUCCUGAAAAACUUCUCGUCGUUGCGAGCCAUCCUAUCUGCUUUGCAGUGUAACUCCGUCCACAGGCUGAGGAGAAGCUGGGAUGAAGUGUCGAGGGAAAACAUCCGGAUAUUCCAAGAGCUGUCCGAGAUCUUCUCAGAUGACAACAACCACUCCUUGAGUCGAGAGCUUCUCAUCAAGGAAGGGACGUCAAAGUUUGCCACUCUUGAUAUCAACCCAAAGAGAGCCCAGAAACGACAGCAGCAGCAGAAAGAGCUGGGUGUUAUGCAGGGUACAAUCCCCUAUCUGGGCACGUUCCUCACCGACCUGGUUAUGUUGGAUACAGCAGUGAAGGAUCAUUUGGACGGAGGCUUGAUCAACUUUGAGAAAAGGAGGAAGGAGUUUGAAGUCAUUGCCCAGAUCAAGCUGCUGCAGUCGGCCUGCAAUAACUAUUCCUUCACGCAAGACCAUCGCUUUCUAGAGUGGUUUCGAAGCGUGGAGCGGCUGAGCGAAGCUGAAAGCUACAAUCAGUCUUGUGAAAUCGAGCCUCUGGCAGAGUCAGCGAGCAACACCUUGAAGGCAAAGAAAAAUGCAGGCAUCAUUAAACGCUGGAGCGACAGGCAAGCUCCGACUGCAGAUUCCCCGAGCACUGGAGCCCAGUCCCGAUCCUGUGAGCAGCUCAAGUACGGUCCGUACCUGGGCGGGGGAGACGGGGCGGAUUCAGUCAGCGUCACGUCCGCCGGCUCGAGCAACUCCGACGUUGAGGAAAUCAACAUCAGCUUCAUCUCUGAGUCACCAGAUUCCCAAGAGAAAAAGUUCUGGGAAUCGACGUCCCAGUCCUCACUGGACACGUCUGGAAUCGGCUCAGGGUCAAGCAGUGCCUCCUCUUCCUCAGUCUCCUCCACACCCAUAACGUCCUCCCGGACGCACAAGCGCUCGGUGUCUGGAAUAUCCAGCUACUCCACACUCUCUCUACCACUUUAUAACCAGCAGGUGGAUGACUGCUGCAUCAUUCGAGUCAGUCUGGACGUGGACAACGGCAACAUGUACAAGAGCAUUUUGGUAACCAGUCAGGAUAAAACGCCUGUUGUCAUUCGGAAGGCCAUGGCAAAGCACAAUCUGGAUGGGGAGAGGCCUGAGGAGUAUGAGCUGAUGCAGAUAGUUGCUGAAGACAAAGAACUGAAGAUUCCCGAUAACGCAAAUGUAUUCUAUGCUAUGAACUCCUCGGUCAACUAUGACUUCAUGCUGAAGAAAAGAGGGCACGCAAAGCCAGGCAAGAGCAAGCAUAUUUCAAGCUCCACUCUUCCCAGAAUGAAACCAAAGGGACUGAAGAUCACUAAAAGUAUCUUCUAAUUCCACGAGAUGGACAUUCUCCUUACAGUGGCUGGAUUAACUAACCUAAACUUUCAAAACAAACAGUAUUUGAAAUAAACGUGCAAUAUCAUCUGCAGCUGAGAGUACUAGAAGGAGCGUUCAAUGGCACUUACAGUCGAUUCUGUUUGAAAGACUGCAGGGCAAUAGCCCAGGGCUGGAUUUGCGGGAUGAGAAGGAAGCACUCCAUAAGACAAUUGGACUGCUUCGUCACAAUGUUAGAGAGAGUGAGAGCAACCAAUGUGCUCUUUUUGCUCUCGAAAUGGAACAGGAUGAACGGGGACUAGGCCGGUUGAAGAGUGCGAAUAUUAAAGGAUUGCAUUGUUCCUUCAUCUGUGUGCUGGAAGGAGUAAUCGUUAGAAAUAAUGGUUGGGAAGACUUGCAAUUCAUCAUGAAAACAAACAGUGAAGAAAGCUUUGACCUUCACAGAAAAAGGAAACGGUAGAUUGCCCCCUCUUGAUUUCGCAGUGCCAAUGGCAAUCCUAAACUUGAUCUCGUGAUCCGAGCUGGCUUUGCCUCACCUUUGGUCCUUCGAGGAUAGAAGCCUUUGGUCAGUAGCCAAUUCAACUGUUGACUGAGGGACGCACAGAAACACAAAUGACCUAUGGUAUUCUGGAGUGGUAAAAGCAAAAGACAUUUUUGAUCUGGAGCUCCACUCUUUGAGCAAAACCGGUCUGAUAUAUCUCAGAGCCGAGCUUCGCGAGUUGUGGAUGACUCUCCAAAGGGCCUUCAUCUUUUCCUGUUAUGAAGAGGCCUCAACGUAUCAGAAACUGAUUUGAAGCUGGUUGGAUUUGAAUUAUCAUCAUUUUUUUGGACGAGCAAGACCUUUUCCUGAAAUCGCUAAUAUCCACAGUGCAAUUGAACCAAAGACUCAAAAAGACAUUAUCAACUAGCAGAACACAGUGACUGCACAAUGAUGGCCAAAACACAUUUGAAACGUCACUACAUAUUAAGAGUUCUCACACAAUCAGUCCUUAUUAAUAGCAGGUGUGCUGGGCUGUUGUUAAUGUACAGUACGAUAUUCGGCCAUUCUUUGGCUGCGAACAAAAUUGUGUUGAAAUUGUUUCUAUGGCUUGUUCCAAAUAAGCUUUUUUUUUAUUUUGUUUUUGUAAAAAAAAAUUGAAAGUCUUGUUAUACAUAAUUUUGGGCACUAUUUAUUAUUGUGUACAGACCUGUUGAGUAGUAUUGUAAAUUACUGUGGAAUAUGAUUUAAUAUAUUGACUUGUGGCAGACACUGGUAUUUAAGUUGCUGUUUGUGGGUCAUUUUGUCCAGUGCAAUCUGUUGUCUUUGUUACCUUUUUGUAUCAUGUAAAGAGGGGAAAAAUGAUCAUAAAACAGUUUCAAAAUAGUAA